UUUAACUUGAUUUGGUGUUUCCCUCGCUGUCCGGAAGAUCCGUUAAAAUGUUCAAGCUCGCGGUAGUCGGCGCACUCUUCGUGGUAUCAGCUUUCGCUGCACCGGCGUCGCAGGACGCGACGGUGACGCCGCCGUCCACGAUCCUCGAGGAAGCCCUCAACGUGUAUACUUCCUGUUCCGGGGAAUCGAGUAUUUCGGUGUGUCUCAAGAUGAAGGCUCUGCGCUACGUCGACCGUGCCGCUCGCUCGGCCGACAUCGAGAUCGUUGACGGAUUCAAGAUCGUACAGACCGAGGAGACCAAGAACAGCCGAGCUGACAAUGCAAGGUCUCUUAAUGAUAUUGAAAGUACCUUACCUGCAGAGACCGAAGCCAAAGAAGCCGCAAUUGAUCAGGCCAUUGUCGAUAGAGCCGCCAAAUUCUUAUCCACGCACACGGUUGAGCUGAGCCUUCCCGAAGACGUUUCCCGUUCCUUCGAUGAAGCUCGUGGAAAGAAGAAGAAGAUCGUGAAAUCUCUGUUGCCCAUCCUCCUCCUCCUGAAACUCAAAGCUGCUGCCCUUAUCCCCAUUGCUCUUGGUGCCUUAGCUUUGAUAGCCUUCAAAGCCCUCGUCAUCGGCAAGAUUGCUCUCAUCAUCAGCUUGAUUCUUGGCCUGCAGAAACUGCUUGCUUACAAGAGCCAGAGCUACGAAGUUGUCGCUCAUCCUGUUCAUGAUUAUGGGCACGAUGCGCACCACGACCAUCACGGCUGGGCGAGAUCAUCGGUCGGUUCUGAUCUCGCGUACAAGGCGUACAAACCUUCUGAAUAG